AUGAUUGGACUCACCGAGAUCGCCAUUGUUGCGGUCGCAGGGGCUGUCCUGUUCGGACCCAAAGAACUGCCCGGCAUAGCACGUGCUCUGGGCAGGCAGACAGGGCGGGCCAUGGCCUACGUUCAGGCGGGGCGCACCCACUUUUUCAAGUUUGCGCGGGAGAAUGAGGUGGACAAGCUGCAUGCUGAUCUGUCCGCGACCCUGAACCAGCUGAAUGCCAUCCGGGAUGAGCUGCGGGGAGGCCUGAACAUCAUGAAGCCUGGGUGA